UCCCCAUGUCAAUAGUCAUUAAAUUUAAAAUCUCAACCAUAACAUAUUAACUUUAAGAUGAGAACAAGAAAAAGACGCUAUGGUCUUGAACAAGAAGAAAACUCACAUUGUUCAUCGAAGAAUCGUAACAAGCUGUCGCCGAGUGACCGAAUAUUAGUCUCUGCUAUGAGGGAGAAAGAAAAGCAGAGAUUAUUCAGCAUCUUCGGACACCCCGGUGCCUUAGUGAUCCCAUCAAAAAAUCAUGUUCCAGAAGUAGUGGGAAGCGAAGUUUUGAUUCCCUUUCCGUUUCCGUUUCACGUCCGGACAUUGAAGAACAAGUAUCUAAGACUCUUUCUGAUUUGGUAUUUUCUGGAAGAAUGGAUUUCGAUGACAUUGAAGAAGCGGAAAAAAUUGUAACUAAAAGCAAGAUCCAUAUGAGAGUUUUUCUGAAUGGAAAUCCAGAUCAGAGGGCCAACCUGAUUAAAGGGAAGCU